AUGGAAACGGAGAAGUGCGGAUGUGGUGAAUGUCAAGAACACAAUGACGCUUGUUGUGGCUCGUGUUGUCAUGACCACGACGACGCACAAGAUGAACCAAUAGUACAAGAACCUUCAGUCCCACAAUUUCCAAAAACUGUUGAAAAAGAAGGGACUGGGUAUGAGAAACCCUUGGACGAUUGUGUUUGUGUUGUCGACUACACGUUGUCACUUGGCGACAAAGUCAUUGAAAGUAAAAACGACUUCAAAUUUGUUAUUGGCGACCUCCCCGUCAUCUGUGACGGGUUUGAGAAAGGGGUUGAGUCGAUGAAAUUAAAUGAAGUCUGUUCGUUCACAUUAAAAGCAGAAGACGCGUUUGGUGACGAGGGCGACAAAACAAGAAAUAUUCCACCAAAGGCAGAAGUCAGUUUUAAAGUCACUUUAAAGUCAAUGGAGUCGGUCCCCAGUCCAUAUACCAUAGCGCCAGAAAACAUCGUCAAACAUGCCGAACAGAAAAAGAUCCAAGGCAAUGAGUUAGUCAAACGAAAAAUGCAGAAGAGAGCACUUCGGUGUUAUUUAAGAGGGUUGGAAUACUUGGACAACGAUUAUAGGAUCCCCGACGAUCAAAAAGAGGCAAGCAAAAAGAUCCAAUUGAUUUUAUAUUCAAAUGUCUCGGCGAUGUAUUUGCAUCUCAAACAAUACGACAGUGUGAUCGAGUAUUGUGACAAAGUCACAGCGUCCGAUGAAAAGAAUUUGAAGGCGUUGUUACGACGUGGGAAGGCGUAUUUGGAGAAAUUGCAAGUCGAAAAGGCGCAAGUUGAUUUCAACAAAGUCUUAGAGAUCGACCCCAACAACAAAGAAGUCAAACUUGAGAUGUCACAGAUCAAGAAAAAACAAGUCGAAGCCGACAAAAAGGACAAACAAAGAUAUGCUAGAAUGUUCAGUGCCCUUGGGAGCCUUUCACAAGUCGAAGAAGAACAAAAGAAGAGACAAGAGGCCUAUACUGAAAAGGCCAAAAAAGAAUGGGAACAACUGAAAGAGAAAGAAACUUCCGCCAAACAAACUGAAGACAAGAAAGAAGAAGAGAAAGGUGAACCCACAAAGACUGAAGUGAAAGAAGAACACAAGGAGUAA